AUGGCAGAGCCACAGAAAGCAACUUCUUCAGCUGUUGAUUCAAAAUCAAAGGAGAAAAAAUCAAUGCUAGAUGAGGAAAUUGGUAAAGAUUUCCUUGGCUCCUGGAAAUCUAUGUCAGUGAAAGAUGAUGCUUUGGAUUUUAGCUUUGAGACAACCACAAAGGGAAAGAAUAAGGCGUUUAACUUUGACAAGCUGGAUAUUGAUUUUAAUCUGGAUGAUGAUUUUGGCAAGUUUUCAUCAUUCAAAGUGGACAUGCCUGAUCUUGACUUCUCAUCACCCGCAAAAAAGGAUGCAAAAGCAAAGGAAAAAUCUAAAGAGGAAACUAACAGUGGGAAGAAACAAGAGAAAAAAGAUCGCUUAGCUUUCUCUUUUAAUUUUAAUGAGUUGGAUGAUUUUGAUUUUGAUUCAGCCCUGAAUAAAGGAGAGAAGACUAGUAAGAAAAACCAGGAAAGCAAAGACGCUGAGUUGGGUGAUUUUGAUUUUGAUUCAACCCUAAAUAAAGGAGAGAAGACUAGUAAGAAAAAUAAGGAAUGCAAAGCCGCUGAGUUGGAUGAUUUUGAUUUUGAUUCGACCCUAAAUAUUGGAGAGAAGACUAGUAAGAAAAACCAGGAAGGUAAAGCCGCUGCUUCUGAGAGUACUGAAGUUUCUAAAAUUGACCAAGCACUUGAGGAUGAUCUCAUAACUGAAAGACUUCCAGAAUCAAGGGAUGCAGCCAAUUCGAAGGCUGAGACAUCCAAGGGUCGGGUAGAGGCUUGCAAAUCCACAGAUAACCCUUGUCCCUCAAAAGCUGUUCCUGCACGGGGGCCUGCACCUGAAAAAAUGGUUACAGCACAGGGAUCAAGAAUUUCUCCAGAGACAUCACUGGAUACCAAUGCCGAAGAAACAUAUAAAUCAAGUCCCUCGCCAGAGAGGGAGGUUUCAUCAGAACUCUAUGAUCAGCAGUCCUUACAAAGUUCACCCAUGGAUUCCCGUAAUGUGAACAAUUCAAACCCAGAAACAAUUUCCGACAUGCAGGCAGAAGUUUGUUCUCAGGGAAGAAGAACAAAAACCAGUUCCGCUUCAGAGCAAAAUGUCAAAGACAAUGUGAUAAUUAAUGAGUCCAUUCAGGAAAAUUUGCACCGGAAGAACUCAUUUCCGCUAUCAGAGAGUGACAGAGAAGGAAGAAAAGGAGCAGGUGGCAAUAUCCCAGCAGAAAUAGAUGACAGUAUAUUAGUGCAAGAUGAUAUAGUUCUGAAAGGCAUUAACACUGCAGGCUUAUCAACAGACAAUAUUGCAGCCAAGAAGUAUAUCCAGAAUCCAACUCCCAAACUUCCUUCAGUUUCGUUGGACAGAUGCAGUGAACCAACAGACACUGAACAGACAGCUAGAAAAGAAAAAGAAGCUGGGGCUAUUCGCUCAAGGUUUUUCAGAAGACAAGUGGAAAACAGAUCUCAAUUGCAUCAACCAUCAGAAAUUGGAAAAGAGGUUUCCUCAUUUAGUGGGAAAAAUAAUGGUGGCAUGCAUUUAAGCCCCGUAUAUGAGAAAAGGGAGGACUUUGGUGCUAGUGAAGCACAGAGUGUAAGAAAACUGGUUGAUUAUUCAAAAUUAAGUUCGCAAGAACUGACAAAAAGGAGGUCUGUUUUGCAGCAAAGUGAAAACAAUAUUGGAAGUUCUAGUGAUAUCAGGGCCGGUUUUGCUGUUGGUGCUAUACAAAAUGGUGCCAACAAAUUGAUCAGUAAAUCAAGUUUGCAAGAUAAAGCAGCAAGAAAAGGAGACCCUGUCCUUUUAAGAACCGAAAAGAACGCAAGUCUGCAAGCUAAUCCUCCUAACCAUACCGAGAAGACAACUGAAUCUAGUGUCCAGAAAUCUUUGAAUCCCAAACUUCAGAUUCCAAAAAUGCACUCCAUCCAGAACUCGAUGUUUCAUUCUGAAGCACAUAAAAUUACCAAGAAAGCACCUGCUCUCUCUUGCAUUAAAAGCACAAGGAGUAUAGGACCAAAGACGGAUCAUAUGAGUUCUCAGAAGGAAACCAAUUCAUUGGGAAACUUAGAGCAAAACAAGGAUACUAGAGGAAAUGCAUCUAACAUUGUCCUUCCAGUAGGAGUAGCUGAGACACAAACACCAAAGUUCCCAUCCUUGAAGCGUAAAACAUUUCAGGUUCUCUUUCUUUUUCUGAUACUAGUUACUUCAAUGCAAAAUUAUAUUUUCACUAAAAAUGCACAAUAAUUUUUAAAUAUAGUGUCAUCAAGAUGGUAUUGUGUUCAUGUAAUUAAUAUGAUGUGUCACUAGUAUUUUCUCAAAGCUGUUCCACAGGAAUCAAAUGGAGACACGAUGUUGUUGAAAUCCCUUAAAAGGCUUUCGCAAUCACCAACUGAAAGCAGGAAUCUUACAGAAUCUUCCGAGAGAGUUGCUGAUAAAGAGGUGCAAAAUCAUAAGAACCAUGUGGAGGUUUCAACCAAGAAUGUUCUCUAUGAUCAUCUGACCUCUGGAUCUGAAGUUCCUCGGGAGGUGAAUAUGACAGAACCCGAAUUUGCUUCAGUCAUUGAAAAUGAUGGAAAAGUGGAAAAGGCUGAAGCUUAUGGGAAGGAGCUUGAAGAUAUAUGCAACAUGCUGAAAAAGAAAAACGAGGAAGCCAAACAAGUAUUGGUUCGAGCAAUUGUGAACAACAACAAUUUACUGAUGCUUA